UACUGUAGCAGUUGUGCCAUCAUAACCGACCGAUCGCUGCGAGACGUUAAUGCUCGUUGGUUACUUGAUUUUCACACUGCAUGUGACCGCCGGGGCAUGAACACGCGCGUCUCGUAAUCGGCCCGAAACGUUUUUUUUUAUUUUAUUUUAAUUGCCCGCGACGAAGUGCGAUCGACAGCACGUCGCUCGUUAUUUUCGUACAGCCGCCGUGUAACACGCGACCACGCGAAAUCGUGCCACGCCGCCAUAGCUAGCACGGGAGUGAAAAUAACGUGUGUGGCGUUCGACGAACCUGCAAAUCGUCGCCGAACACCCCGAUCGUCGCAUCACCGGAGCUCCAGGCCCCGCCGCCGCGACCCCGUGCUAUUUUUAAUGUUUUGUACCAACUGCGGAAACGAGGAUGGAUACUCGAAACGAGAUGAAUCUUCAAUUUUUAGACUUACAUGAUUUAACAGACAAUGAUAAAAGACAGAUUUUCACGAUUCUGAAAUCUGACGCUCUGAAACUACCGUGGGACAUAAAGGAGAAUAAUAACAACAAUGUUAAUUCUGUCGCAGCGACAGAAAUACCGACAGAAUUUCAGCCGCACUGGUAUAAUGCUAUGCCACCGGCGCCCGCUUAUCCGCAACAGAUGAUGACGCAAAUGUGUAAUGACUGGCAAGCACCGAUGUACAAUGUUUCCGCAAACGGCCACAUGCCGCCGUUUAUAUCUGGAAUGGCAUAUGCCCAUCCCGGAUACAAUCUUAACGCUGAGAUCCAAGAGUUAAAUUACACUAGAGAAAACGGACGUCGAAACAAUAGUCGAGGCAGAGGUGUUAGACGUGAUAAUUAUACUCGAACGCAUAAUCCAACCACUAACGAAGUACAGCCGGGAUACAUGGGUGAUCAGGCGCAAUAUCACCCGCAGAUACCGAUCAUGUACAUUUAUUCCGAUCAUUCCGUCUCUACGCAACAGCAUCAGGUGGCUCCCGGACAGAUCUAUUACACACAGGCAAUGUAUUCGUCGAUUCUUCAUCCAAAUGCGCAGACAGUUUCAUCCCCAACUUAUCCCCAGCCGAAUCAUCAAGCACCGCAGAUGAACAGAUCCGUGCGACAGUCGCAAUCUGUGCCAUCCCAACAACCAAAUCAAGAACCCGCGAAGCAGCAGCCGGUCGUUAAAUCACACGACAAACAUAUACAGAGCACUUCCGAUAAGUCAGCGCAUCAUCAAGUUAACGAGAACAGUUCCUUGCAAAGUAACGUCGUUAGUACCGUUGUUGUAAGUAACCUCGCACCGGAGUCCUCUGUGAAAAACGUAGACGAAAACACUGCCGAUAGAAAAACUGUGACUAGCGAUGAAAAGAUCGAUGCGAAGCUCCAGCAGAAUAUUGCAUGUUGGACCGCAAGUGAGAAUUGUAAUGGCACGGAAAAAAUUGAUGUGCCGUGUGUAAAUACUAACAUUGACGUCAAGGUGAACCAAGUUAAUGAGACCGACAAGAAGUUGAAGAAUGAAACUGUAGUAGUACCCAGUGUCACAACGAAUGCCGUAAAAACUCCGCCUAAACCUAUCGUCGUCAGGACAGACAAAACUGAAGCGCAGAUUGAGGAAAAUGUUGCGCUAAAAGAUUCCCAAGAUAAGACUAUUGUUAAGACACCAAACGACUCCUCAGCCAUGCCAAAUGACUCUUCAACCACACCAAAUACUCCGUCAUCGUCCACAUCUGAGACACCACCUGCGACUACUACCGUCAAGUUUUCCUAUGCUAGUAUCGUAAGGAAGGACAAUACGUCAGAGACAACGUCACAUGCGUCGUACACUCCGCCGUGCAAGCCCAUUGAACAUGUAGUUUAUCAGAAUGAAUCACCGAAAACGCCGGUUCAAAAAACCGAAUCGACUAGUCCCGUUCGUACUCCAGAGAAUCAAAAUGAUUCACCUAGCGCGCCAACUUUACAAAAUGGCAUAAUGAAUUGUUACGAUGAUCCUAACACGUAUAGGAUAGGUGAAUUUUUGUCGACUUAUCAAAUGGACAAGCAAACAGUAAGCUUAUUGCCGAGGGGAUUAACAAAUCGCAGCAAUUAUUGUUAUAUCAAUAGUAUCUUACAAGCUUUACUCGCUUGCCCGCCAUUUUACAAUCUUCUCACGGCUCUGCCACAUAAAAACCGAAGUAGAAAUUCUCCUACGCCCUUGAUUGAUAACAUGGUCAAGUUUGUUCGUGAGUUUACACCCUUGACGGAAGCCGCCCGUAUGCCCAGGAAAGAUCGAGUUCAUAAACGAGGAGAAGAUACUGUCAUGGACAUAUAUAGCGGCGUUGCGUUCGAACCAUCAUAUGUAUAUACAAUGUUAAAGCAUACCUCGGCUGCUGGUGCCUUUUCUGUGGAAGGACGGCAGGAAGAUGCGGAAGAAUUCUUGUCAUGUCUUUUAAAUGGAAUCAAUGACGAAAUGUUGGAAUUGAUAAAAUUGGUCAACAACGAUCAAAGUGCAAUCGGGAACGCAAAAAAUAUCAGCACCGAUCACGAUGAAGAAGAGUGGCAGGUAAUGGGACCAAAAAAUAAAGGUGCUGUCACACGAUGUACAGAAUUCGGAAGAACACCACUAUCUGAUAUCUUCCGAGGACAAUUACGGUCCAGGAUAUCAAGAGCAGGAGAACAGCCAACGGACAAUGUACAACCGUUUUUCACAUUGCAACUGGAUGUUCAAAAAGCCGAAUCCGUAAGACACGCUCUUGAGAUUCUCGUUGGUAAAGAUCAGGUAGAAGGACUGACCUGCAGCAAGACGAGACAACAGAUAGAGGCUUGGAAACAAGUCACUUUGGAGGAACUGCCCGUCAUUCUCAUAUUACAUCUGAAAUGGUUCGUGUACAAGUUCGAUAAGUAUUCCAACGGUUGCUCCAAGAUAUUGAAAACCAUGGAAUUCCCGAUCGACUUGAAACUUGAUGGCAAAUUUUUAUCACCGAACACCGCGAAGAAGCUGGGUCCCAAACAGAAACAGUACAAAUUAUUCGCGGUGACGUACCACGACGGAAAGGAAGCCACCAAGGGGCACUACUUCACCGACGCCUUCCACGUGGGAUAUGGAUCCUGGGUCAGGUACGAUGACAGCACGGUAAAGAGUGUCCCCGAAAAUAACGUACUGAGGCCCACAUCACCUAGAGUACCUUACUUACUCUAUUACCGAAGGUGUGACACGAUUGGUAACAACCAAUCAAAUAAUGCGAAAGCACAUUAAAAAAUUUUUUUAGAAAAAAAAACUACAUAGAAAAAAUUAUGUUCCAUUUGAGAUGGAACCAAAAAAAAAAAAGAUUCUUUUUACAAUUUCAAAGUUAUUGUUGAUAUUUAUAAAUAAAUAGAAAUAUAAAUAAAGAGAGCUUUUAUAUUAUCUACAAUAGAGUGGAAAGUAGAAAUUAUUAAACCCGCCGUACUUCCAAGAGAUAUUUCUAUUAAGAUUGUUAUUACACGUUGUAUACAUAGUUUCCCCCCUCAAAAAUCAUGAAAUGUAGGUAAUGUUAAGGCUCGUCAAGUGUUCCAAUCUGGGUUCACAUUUUCUAGUGAAUCUAAAAAAAAACGUUAUAUAUAUUAAAUGCUUUAUACGUUGCAGUUGUGAAAUAUUAUAAGAGCGUCUUAUGUGCGUAUGCGUGUGAGUGUGUGUACAUAUAAUUUUUUUUUUUUAGUAAGAUUAUUGUAAAUGUUAUACUGGUUUUCCAAUUUCUUUAAGAAAAACAAGAGCAAAGGUGUGAAAAAGAUUUUGAAGUUCGUGACAAUGUGUGUAUAAAGGUAUAGAGACA